AAUAUAACACACUCAUUAAUCAGAUUAGCAUGUUUUAAAAUUUAAAAUAAUAUAAAUAUGCAUAUAGUAAAAAACUCAAUUUUAUUGAAACGAAAACCCAAAACCCAAUUAGAAUAAACCCGCAAAAAUAGCAAUUUCCGAAACUAUUAAACCUAUUUAUAAACAAGUAAUCUAAUCUAGGGUUGUUAGUGGUACGAACUCAGGCCUUUUUUCUCAGUGCUUAUCCAAAAAUGUAUCGCAUUCUUCACUGUGCUUUUUGCACUGCCACAGAACCACCAACAGUGAGCAUGAAGUCUAUUUCGGAGGAUUUAUACAAAGAAGUGAAGUUAAAAAGGUUGGUGGAGAAGUUCAAGAAAGCUUCCGACAUUAACCGGUUCCGCAAAGAAACCGUCAUUUACGAGAAGACAGUGCGGCGUCUCGCCGGUGCCAAGCGCUUUCGGUGGAUUCGCGACAUCCUCGAACACCAAAAACAGUAUUCCGACAUUUCCAAAGAGGAUUUCUCUGCGCGCCUAAUAUCCCUUUAUGGCAAAUCUGGCAUGGCCAAACACGCCCGCAUGGUGUUCGACGAAAUGCCCCAGCGAAAGUGCAACCGCACUGUGCUCUCUUUCAAUGCCCUCUUGGCCGCAUACCUCCACUCCAGGAAGUUCAACGUCGUGGAUGAGCUUUUCAAGACCCUCCCCACUCAACUCUCAAUCGAGCCUGAUUUGGUGUCGUACAACACUCUCGUUAAAGCUUUUUGUAAAAAGGGUUCCUUUGAUUCGGCACUGUCAGUUCUUAAGGAGAUGGAGGAGAAGGGUGUGAAUCCUGAUUCCAUUACGUUUAACACUUUGCUUGAUGGGUUGUAUUCAAAGGGUAGUGUUGAGGAUGGCGAGAAAGUAUGGGGGCAAAUGGAUGCUAAGAAUGUUACUCCGGACCUGAGGAGUUAUUCUUCUAAGUUGGUGCGGUUGGUCAAGGAGAAUAAUAUGGAUGAAGUUGUUGAGUUUUUUGGAGAAAUAAAGAAGUUAAGUGUGAAGCCUGACGUAAAUGCUCUCAUCAAUACUGCCAUCAAAAGUUCUGUCAAUGACGGUAAUUUGGAGUGGGCCAAGACAUGGUUUGAUGUCAUUGUAAACAUUGAUUUUUACCGUCAUCGCAAAACUUACUUUAUCCUUAUUCGCUUCCUGUUUGGUGUGGAUCCCGACUUCAAUGCUGUCGCCAAUGCUGCCAUCAAAAGUUGUGUGAAUAACGGUAAUUUGGAGAAGGUCAUGGAGUGGUUUGAUAUCAUUCUAAAGUAUGAUUAUGACUACUCUAAUGUUGUUCCCUUCCUGCGUGAGAAGGGUGAUUCGAAGACCGCAAUGAUGUUGUGCGAGGAGUUUUUUCAAAAACGGGGCCGUGUUGAUGUAUCGUUGCUGCAACUUGUGGUGGAUAAGCUGGUAGAUGAAGGUAUGAUUUCAAAGGCGAAGGAGAUGGUGAAGAAAGUGAAAAGUCGUUUUAAUUAUAGGCUAAAUUUACCUGAAGCAGAGUAGAGUUAUGUUAGUUCUUAGUUGCACUUUAUUGUUGGUCUUGCAAUUUGAUUGGUUUUGUUAUGAUGUGAUUGAGAAAUUGCCAAUAAUGGCUUUUGUUUGGCAACGAGAGCCUAGUAACUGGUUUCUUCAAAGUAGCUUUUAUUAUAAAUAAUUUCUUUAAUGUGAAUAUCUUUUUCUCUCAA